CUAUAACCAGCCUGCCAAAAAUGACUUGUCUAUAUUGAUUGCAAUCAUGGCAUCUUAGCAUAUAAGAACAUAUAUUUGCUGAAGUGCUGGUAGUGUAGUGGUGAAGAAUAAAAAAAUUCAGACUGUAAUUUAGCAGAAUUGCAGAAGGGUGAUCUGAUGUCUGACUCCGGUAGCAGUUGCAGAAAUAAACGAUGGUCUCUUACUGGCAUGACUGCUCUUGUUACCGGGGGCUCUAAAGGAAUCGGACAUGCAGUUGUGGAAGAACUAGCAGGACUAGGGGCUAAGGUUCAUACAUGUGCUAGAAACGAGUCUGAACUCGAAGCUUGCAAACGUGAUUGGGGGACCAAAGGCUUUCAAGUCAGUUGUUCUGUUUGUGAUGUAACAUCUCGAUCCCAGAGAGAGAAGCUCAUGGAAACUGUCUCCUCUGAGUUCAAUGGCAAGCUUAAUAUCCUGGUGAGCAAUGUUGGGACAUGCCUAAAUAAGCCAACAGAAGAUUUCACAGCAGAAGAUUAUGCAUCUAUAAUGUGCACCAACCUUGAAUCAACUUACAAUAUAUGCCAGCUUGCAUAUCCUCUUCUUAAGGCAUCGGGUUUUGGCAGCAUCAUUCUCAUGUCUUCUGUUGCUGGCGUUGUGGCUGUUGAUGUUGGCUCACUUUACGGCACAUCAAAAGGAGCAAUGAACCAAUUAGCAAAGAAUUUAGCAUGUGAGUGGGCAAAGGAUAAUAUCAGAAUCAAUUCUGUUGCACCUUGGUACAUCCGUACCCCUCUUACCGAAGAGUUGCAGACCCUUAAUGACAAAAAAUAUUUGGAAGGAGUAAUAGGAAGAACUCCUCUUGGAAGAACAGGGGAGAUGGAAGAGGUGUCUGCCUUAGUGGCAUUUCUAUGCAUGCCUGCUGCUUCUUACAUUACUGGCCAAACCAUUUGUGUUGAUGGAGGUUUUACUGUCAAUGGCUACCACCAAACUUUUUACUAGACUAGAUAACUUGGCUCGGAUUCCUGAAUUUUAAGUAGGGAAUCGGUAUCUUCAAGCCUUCAAUAAGUUGUACCAAGUUAUGUAGUCCCUCGGAACAAAAUGAUUGUCACAUUAUCUUGACUCUUCAUCAAUAUCAAUUUCGCUCUGAACCUCAAUAUAAAUAUGUUGUUUCUUUUCA